CUGUGACUGGUUGCAUACAUUCUGUUUACUUCGGGACUCGGGACUCGCCCCACUCUUCCAAUUCUCCUCUAUUGAAUGUCUUUCUUAGGGACACUACUUUUUGUUAUUUUAAUUGUUUUCGCAGCGGUUUUUGCUGCAAUCAUCAUCGCCCUUCGACUUCGGCCGUAACCUUGAGCGCCGAUGGCAGUGGGCCCUGACUCAGUAGCCAUGUUGCUGCGCGAGAUGAAUCGUGACUUCACGUUUUACGAGGACUUGGUCACCUUUUUGGGUCUCUUUUACGCCGGCAAACUCUUCCUGAGCAUCGGAAGGAAUGUCUGCAAAGGCGUCUACUCGCAUUUCGUCACCAAACUUUACAGUCCGGUCGAUUUGGCAGCUAAAUACGGCAAGUGGGCAGUUGUUACCGGAGGCUCAGACGGAAUCGGAAAAUCUUAUGCUCAUGAAUUGGCCAGGAGGAAUGUCAACAUCAUCCUCAUCGCUCGCAACCUUGACAAACUGAAGAAAGUUGCUUCAGAAAUUGAGGAGGAAUUCGGAGUUGAAACAAAGGUCAUAGUUGCGGACUUUGGCAAAGGUCGGCCAGUUUAUGAGCACAUAGCGCGAGAGCUCAAAGGAAUUGAUGUUGGGAUUUUGGUUAAUAAUGUUGGAGUGAUAUUGCCUUAUCCUAUGGCCGUCGAAGAGAUGAGUGACGACCAAAUGUGGGACCACAUCAACGUCAAUUGCGCAGCAGUCACCGUCAUGACCCGAAUGCUCCUCAAAAGCAUGAAGGAGAAGAAGAGAGGUGCCAUAAUUAACCUGUCGUCCAUCUCUGGCUUGGGUCCCACUCCUUUCCUGAGCAUUUACGGGGCUUCGAAGGCGUUCGUCGAUAGUUUCAGCGACGCCCUCUGCAAUGAGUGCAAGGGCACGGGAGUGACAGUGCAGACCCUGACACCUGGCUACAUCAACACUCAAAUGGUCAAGUACAGCCCUAAUUUAACAUCUGGUGGUCUGAUGGUGCCCUCUGCUCAAGAGUUUGCUGCAAACGCAAUUGCUACGCUCGGUGUGAACAACAAAACAGCUGGAUACUGGUGCCACGGAAUUGAGUAUUGGUUCUUUGAAAGUCUGCCGAUCGGAAUUUGGAAAAAUGCUUGUUCUUUCCUAAACCGCAGAUUCCGAAAGAAGUAUGACGAGAUGCAAUCCGGAAACGGAGCGGCCAGGAAAAUGAUGUAGCGCCGAGCAAUCCGGUUCAAGUUAAUUUAGUUGGUCGGGAAAAUUGGUAGAGCAAUUACCUCUGCUACAGUUACCUGUGUUGCAUUUAAUUCAAUUGUUUCAAACAAAGUUUUAAGCUAAUCGAAAUAUACCUUCAGAAAAUUUUGUAGAUCGUUGUGUAAUGAUUCGAGGUUUUUCAUAGGAUAUUGUUUCUUAAAAAGAUAAAUUAUGGAUUCAAUGGCUCUCAAAGUUUCUCAAGCAACUGAUAAAGAUAACAUACCGGUGCAAAAAAAAAUGUCUUAUAUUCAGGAUAUUUCGGAAACUUAAACAAUUUUUGCCAAAAAAGACACUAGAAUGGUCAUAAUCUAAUAGGAUGUUAAUUUGUUGAAGGUUGUCGCCCUCUUUAAGGAGAUCACCAGGCAGCAUUUUAGAAUAACUUUUAAGAAAAUAAAAAUACAGUAAUAAUUUCGAUCUCUGCGGGCAUUCCAUGAUUAGUAGUUCCUUGCUGUGUAAAUUAGAGUUUUUGGAUAAUUGACAAUGUACUCAAAAGAUAAAUAAAUAUUAGGAAAAAUAAUGUGAAUUUUAUAAUUUUAACCCCAAUUUAAAAUGUUAACUGAAACCCAUAAGCUCAAUGUAAAUUUUGAGGACAUGCUUCCCAUUGUUUUUACUUAAAUCGGUUAAAUUAAUUGGGGUGAUAUUAACUGUGUUUACGGUGAAAUUUCCUCAAUUCUAGUCCAGAAAAGUUAUUUAAAAAAUUCCAAUUGGAAGAUGAAAUGUUAAUUUUUGAAAAUUCAGUUCUCCGCAAUUUGUGUCAUCAUGUCUCAUUUAUUAUUGGAAAUGAUAUGUAUAAAAAAAAAAUAUU